AUGGUGGCUUUAGACAAGACACAUUUAAGAACGCCUCAAUCGCCACUAAUAGACACGGGAAGUUCAGCAGCAAAAAUGGAUACAGAAUCACAAGCUUGCGACCAAUGCUACCGGACGAAACAGACUUGUUCGAAAAGUCUGCCGAGAUGCCAACGAUGUUUAGAUGCUUCCAAUCCAUGCACUUAUAGCUUUGGGAAGUUUAUGGGAAAACCUAAAAGGAGUAGCAAGAUACGAAGAGAGAGUUCGAGUAACGAGCUUGCGGAUAUCGGUAGUGGGGGCAAGUUUUUCGGACUCUUGAACUUGAAGAAUACUCCAGAACACCAACGCGAAUCAUCAGUUACAGACAACUCGUCGCCAGCUCAAAGUGUCUGGACAUCCUCAUCGUGGGAUUUGAUUCCGGAGGGAUUAUCAUCCGAUCACUCGUCACCUUCAAAUCCUACAUCGCCAACCAGAGCUCGCACUCACAGUACAGCAAGUGGUAGCAGCAACCGUCUGAUGGCGACUCCUGCUUGUGAUCAAUGUUAUCGAUUCAAAGUAAAAUGUAGCAGAGAUCCAGAUUGUUGCCGACGAUGCGCGAAUAAUCGAAGUGUUUGCACUUACAGCGCUGCGGCCCCUCCUGGGAAGCCGGAUACAAGAUCCAAGAGUCCUGAGGAGCACAGAAAGAAGAAGGCUCGACAGGGACAAAUUGAUGAUCCAUCAGUUCUUUCGACGGAUCUUAGGGGGACCAGCGUAGACUCUAGGAGCUAUUCUUUCACGGAUUCGCCGACUUCGCAGCAUGCAGAACUUCAUGUAGACGAGAUGAACAAUUUCUAUGGGUUCGAUAUACCGACCAUAGAAACUACGCCGUAUGCAUUUAGCCCAGUCAGCGUGCCGCCAACACCAACAACGUGGGUCACAAACGCACCCACAUUGUACGAAAUAGACACGAUUGGAAUGAACAAUGGCACUGAAAACUUCUCCCUCCCAUGGCAAAACCCAGAAAUCCUACACAGUCCCUUCUUCGCGAAUGGAAUUCCUCUCCAAAAAUUCCCCCCAACAUCUGCGCCUGUGAUGAACCAACUUCCCACACCAACCUCACCCGCAUUUCCCCGCGACAACAUCCCCACAACAACCUGCGAUUGUUUCUCGAGCGCCCUUAACGUCUUGAACGAGUUGAACGCCUGCGUCCAGGAGCAAAUCCCGCUCAACCACCCCCAGCACCACGAAUUAGCCUCACGAUCUCUGGUAAACGUGCUCAACACCACAACCAACGCUUUAGAACUCUGCGAAGCAAGCACGCAAUGUAUCUGCUCCCACAACUCCAUGACCUCCAUGCUCUACGCCAUGAUCCUCCAGCAAAUAUCCGCGUGUCACGAACUGCUAUCCGCGAAUACCGCGUGUGAUCCUAACCAGCCGUCGCGUCAAAAAUCCUGGAUUGCAAACGACCGCGCGCGCGCCCUAAACAUCUCCAAUGAGAUGGAAAUGCGUCUGCGCAACACGUUCGACGAGAUCGAAGACCAGAGCGAGAUUGUGGGAAGGAACAGCGUGAUCGGAUUGCUAUCCACCGUACGCACGAAGUUUAGCGAAGAGAUUCAGGGGCUUCAUGGAUAG